AUGUCCUCUGAUUUCGGUUUAAUUGGUUUAGCCGUUAUGGGUCAAAAUUUGAUCUUAAACGUCGCCGACCACGGUUACACUGUUUCCUGUUUCAACAGAACCACCUCCAAGGUCGACCAUUUCUUAGCUAACGAAGCUAAGGGCAAGUCCAUUGUCGGUUGUCACUCCAUUCAAGAAUUCGUUGCUUCCAUCAAGAGACCAAGAAAGAUCAUGAUGUUAGUCAAGGCCGGUUCCCCAGUUGACGCUUUGAUUGCCGAAUUACUACCAUUCUUAGAAAAGGGUGAUAUCAUCAUCGAUGGUGGUAACUCUCAUUUCCCAGACACUGACAGACGUUACGCAGAAUUGACCGGUAAGGGUAUCCUAUACGUUGGUUCCGGUGUCUCCGGUGGUGAAGAAGGUGCUAGAUACGGUCCUUCUUUGAUGCCAGGUGGUUCCAAGGAAGCUUGGCCAGAAAUCAAGGAAAUCUUCCAAGCUAUCUCCGCCAAGGCUGAUGGUGAGCCAUGUUGUGAUUGGGUUGGCCCAGCUGGUGCAGGUCACUACGUCAAGAUGGUCCACAACGGUAUCGAAUACGGUGACAUGCAAUUGAUUUGUGAAGCUUACGACUUAAUGAAGAGAGUCGCUGGUAUGACCCCUAAGGAAAUUUCUGAUGUCUUAGCCGACUGGAACAACGGUGUUUUGGACUCUUUCUUAAUUGAAAUUACCAGAGAUAUCUUAAAGUACGACGACGUUGACGGUAAGCCAUUAGUCGAAAAGAUCUUGGAUAGUGCUGGUCAAAAGGGUACUGGUAAGUGGACUGCCAUGAACGCUUUAGACUUAGGUAUGCCAGUUACUUUAAUUGGUGAAGCCGUCUUCUCCAGAUGUUUAUCUGCCAUCAAGAGCGAAAGAACUAGAGCUUCCAAGAUCUUAAGCGGUCCAGCUGUUUCUACUAUCCCAGCUUCUGAAAGAGCUGCUUUCGUUGAAGACUUAAAGCAAGCUUUAUACGCUUCCAAGAUUAUCUCUUACGCUCAAGGUUUCAUGUUAAUCAGAAACGCUGGUAAGGAAUACGGUUGGGAAUUUAACAUGCCAUCCAUUGCUUUAAUGUGGAGAGGUGGUUGUAUCAUUAGAUCUGUCUUCUUAGGUGAAAUCACUAAGGCUUACAGAAAAACUCCAGACUUAGAAAACUUGUUAUUCGACAAGUUCUUCUUAGACGCUGUCACCACCGCUCAAAGUGGUUGGAGAAAGACCGUUGCUUUAGCUACCUUAAACGGUAUCCCAACCCCAGCUUUCUCUACUGCUUUAUCCUUCUACGAUGGUUACAGAUCUGCUAGAUUACCAGCUAACUUGUUACAAGCUCAAAGAGAUUACUUCGGUGCUCACACUUUCAGAGUCUUGCCAGAAUUUGCUUCCGCUAACUUACCAGAAGGUAAAGAUAUUCACAUCAACUGGACCGGUACUGGUGGUAACAUCUCCGCUUCCACUUACAACGCUUAA